AUGUCAGAGAUUAAGUAUAAAAAUCAAAUUCUGGCAGCGAUAGACCAUUUACGAUCACGAAAAUCACGUCCUGACAUAAAUAGAAUUUGCAAAUUUAUGUUAAAGUGCUAUAAAGUAGCACCAAAGGAUACAAAAGCGGAUUUAAAACGUUGUCUCAAAGAGAAAAGCAUAUAUAAAGUCGAUUAUAAAGAUAAUGUAAGCUAUAGAAACGCAGCUAAGUGGCGAAAAAAACCUUCCCAAAACAAGAAAAUGAGUUCCAUUGCGAAAAGUGAAAGAAGAAUAAUAACAUCAGCGAUAGCAACAUUAAUAUAUCAAGAUCAAAGUUAUUUGGAGAAUGGUAUUGCGUUUGCUGAUCUUGUAAGAGUAGCUUCGAAUCAAGAAUCAAAGUAUACUAAGAAGCAGCUGAUAACUAUAAUUAAUAAAGAGCUUAUAUCAGGCAGUCUGGUUAAGUUACCGAAUGGUACUUUAGCUCUUGGACCUGCAGAUCAUGACGGAGACAGCUCAGAUAGUUUUAAAUUUGAAUAUAAUGAUGCAAACACUAAGAUGACCUCAUCAGCCAAUUCAUCUUGCCGAUCUUCCCCUCAAAGAAUGAGAGGAAGACCAAAAAAAAGGGGAGGUGGAGCUUCAAAUAGCAGUACACACAGCAACAAUCAUAAUUCAGGAGUAAGAGUGGGCGAGAGACGUAAAAUGGCAAAAAAAGUAUUCGACCCAUCAGAUAACAAUGUACCCAGCAAACGUAAGAGAGGACGUCCAGUGGGAUCGUUGAAUAAAAGUACAAUAAAAAAGAGGUUAAUGAUCGCUGGCAAAGACAAAGAAGACACUCAACUGUCGGAAAGUCAACAGUCAUUGGAUGGGAGUGGGGAUGAAAUGAAUAACGAUGAACCAUUAUCACAUGAAACAUCAGGUGUAUGCUCUGUGUGCUUGAUACAGAAGACGCGCGGUUCAAAUGAUAGAUUGGUUGAAUGUAGGGAUUGUAAUAAUAAAGCCCAUUUAAGUUGCUUACAAUCUGGAUCCGGGAUCCUUAAACCGAGACCGGAUAACACCUGGCAAUGUCCACACUGCAAGACUUGUGUGGUUUGCUGUGAAACAAAUGAUGCUGGUAUUUUGACUGUGUGUAGCAUAUGCUCAGAUUCUUAUCAUGCAUUGUGCCACACACCAAGAAUACCUGAACGGCUCAAGGCUUGGGAUCAAUGGGAAUGCAAUAAUUGUUUGGAAUCACGUCCGUCAGCCGCCGCGUCUCCAGGAAUCCCAAACAACAUAGAAUAUACAGGAAAAGACUCGAGUUCAAUAGACCCAUUUUUGAAGCCACAUGAAUUAGAUAGGGCACCGACUAAACUAAACAAUGAAGUCCCAAUAGAUCCAAAAAUACCAGAUAUAAGUAAUUGGAAUGUGGACGAUGUUUAUGAGUAUUUUAAACAGCAUUUCCCUGAGGCUGCUCCCAUUUUAAAAGAACAGGAAUUUGAUGGACAAGCAUUAAGUAUGGCGAGAAGAGCGGAUAUUGUUAGGGGCUUGGGCCUGCCUUUAGGUCCAGCAUUAGCAUUGUAUAGAAUCAUAGUUAAAUUACAAACAAGGAGAGAUGAUUGGACAAUGUGUUGGGGUUGA